ACUGCAGCGAACACACCUGUCCUACUUCAAACUUAAUGUCUAACGUUUAACAUAGGUAUAAUAAGAUUAAAAAUGGUUAUGCCACACUACUAACAUAAAAAAACCAACGAAAUUGAAAUACUGUUCAGUAUAACAAUUCAAGUUCAAACGCGUAUAACAAACGUUAUUCAAACUUUAAAUGAUGGCUUUAAAAUCAUAUAAAUUACACUUACCUUUAUUUUUAAUAUUAAUUUACACGUCUGCUGGUUCGUGGAUACUUACGCCCGCUGACGGCGCGAGAAUAUUAGCCGUGGAGACGGUUGGAGGAAGAAGUCACUGGAACUUUAUGAACUCAAUUCUUCAGGUGUUGGUGGACAAUGGACACAAUAUCACCGUAUUCACACCAUUUUCCGAAGGUAAUCAUGAAAACUAUACAGAAGUGAACACUUUUAAGGAAUCUAAAACACUACUAGACGAACAACUAAAAGAAGUGUUGAAUAAAUACGGAAAUCCGAUUAAAGUUAUUAAUGAAGUAUCAGCGAUGAGUAGAACAAUGUGCAAUGUAGUUUAUGAAAAUAGUAAAAUGAAAGAAAUAUUGACUAAUACGCGUUCUGACUUCGACAUAGUCCUAAUUGAACCAUUAUUCUCAGAGUGCGUGUCGUACCUUGCCGUUAAGUUGAAUUUACCACUCAUAUACGUCAUGCCAAUACCAACCAUGAAUAUAAUGGAAUAUAAAUUCACGGGACACAUGUCCAAUCCCGCUGUAGUUUCCGUUAAUAUAGCAAAUUUUGGCCUUCCAAAAACAUUUUCCCAGAAAGCAAUCAACAGUGCUCUUUUAAUUUACUGCACAGUCGUAAACAAAUUUAAUGAACUAUUAUUGAAGUUCACCGAACCGCAAGAGUACGAUUUGCAUGCACCAAUCCCGCCAUCUUUAAUAUUUGUAAACAGACAUUUCACAAUCGAACCGGCAAGUCCAAUCCCAUCAAACGUCAUUGAAAUUGGUGGAAUACAUUUAAAAACGCCCAAGAAGUUACCAAAGGAUAUACUAGAAUUUAUUGAACAGUCACCUAAUGGUGUAGUUUAUUUCACUUUUGGUUCAACUGUUAAAAUGGCAUCAUUACCAGAACACAUAAAAAAGGCAUUUAUUGAAUCCCUUGCACAAAUCCCUCAAAGAGUGUUAUUGAAAUACGAAGAUGAAAUAGAAUCAAUGCCAAAUAAUGUAAUGACUAAAAAGUGGCUACCUCAACGUGAAAUUCUUUUGCACCCGAAAGUGAAACUCUUCAUCAGCCACGGAGGUAUCUCUGGAUUAUACGAAGCUAUUGAUGGCGGUGUCCCUAUUCUUGGAUUUCCUUUAUUUGCUGAUCAGUUAAGAAAUAUCGACAAUUUAGUCAAUGCAGAAAUGGCUAUUUCUAUGGAUAUUUUGUCUGUAACAAAGGAUGCGCUCUUAAAAAAUAUUUUAGAAUUACUCAACAAUGAAAAGUACAUGGCAAAUGCUAAAAGUGCAUCGAAAAUAUUUAAGGAUCGGCCUAUGUCACCGACAAAUUUAGUUGUGUACUGGACGGAGUAUAUCCUACGUCAUAAAGGAGCUCCUCAUUUGAAAUCUUACGCUCUUAACCUAUCGUGGUAUCAAUACUAUCUCUUGGAUCUUAUAGCAUUUAUAUUAGUUUUUAUUGUUGUUGUGAUUUUUGUUACCCAACAAAUGUUUAAAUCUAUUUUUAAUUACUUUUCAAGUUAUUUUAGAAGCGCUAAAUCUAAAUCUGAAUAAUUUAUAUUAUUACUAUUA